GACCAUUUUGAAUUUUAUGUUUUGAGAACAUAUUUUUCUGUAACGGCCAUGGCAGGGUGGAUUGAUUCCGGAGAUGUGAAAACAGAGGAUUUGCUGGGAAGAUCCAGUCCUGACUUUGAGCGUCCUUACAUGUCUGAGCUGAGGGUUGUGCUGCUGGGGAAGUCUGGAGAACUGAGGAGUAAAGUGGGGAACAUCAUCCUGGGGGCAGAGGUCCUUUCAGCGAAAGAUCAGUGUGAGAGAGCACGAGGUCUGGUGAAUGGGAAGCGUGUGGCUCUGAUCAACACUCCAGACUUACUGGACCCCAAGCUCCCUGAAGGGAAAUUAAUCCAUCAGAUAGAGAGGUGUGUGACCCUGUCUGCCCCAGGUCCUCACGCAUUCCUGCUGGUGCUGGAGAACGACAACAUUACAUCUGCGGGGAAAAAAAGAUUUGAGAGAAUCCUGCUCUCUUUCAGCCCUGAGGCCUUCAUGUACUCGAUGGUACUGACCACAGAGGAGAGUAAAAGAACUGUCUUUGACCAGUCUUAUACCCAAGUUCUGCAAAUGUGUAGUGGAAGGUGUUACACGUUUCACAACACAGAUGAGAUUAAUUACACCCAGGUUACUGAACUAAUGGAGAAAAUAGAGCAGAUGGUGGAGGAGAAUGGAGGAGGUUUCCUCAGCUGUGAGAUCUUCAAGGAGCCAGAAUCAGCCAGGCUUGGAGCGAGUCAGGUACCUCUGAGGAAGGCUGAACAGAAGGUGGAGAGGAAGGAGAAACCAAGGGCUCUAUCUAAAGAACGACAGGAAAUUAAAGGAAAAAAAGGCGCUGGGGGUAAAGACCAGAGCUCUGACUGUGUGAGGAUAGUGCUCGUGGGGAAGACAGGAUGUGGGAAAAGUGCCACAGGAAACACCAUACUGCAGAGGAAGGAGUUCCAGUCGGAGAUCAGUAUGAAAUCAGUGACGACCUGCUGUAAGAAAGGAGUAGGGGAAGUAGCUGGCAGGCGCGUUGCUGUAGUUGACACGCCGGGUCUCUUUGACACAUCAUUUUCAAAUGAGGAGGUCCAGCAGGAAAUAGCCAAAUGCAUCUCCUUUUUGGCCCCAGGACCUCAUGUGUUUCUCCUAGUGCUACAGAUUGGAAGAAUCACGAAGGAGGAGAAGGACACAUUGCAGCUCAUUAAGAGCACCUUUGGUAAAACGGCUGAAAAGUUCACCAUAGUCAUAUUCACAAGAGGGGAUGAUCUUAGAAAUGAAUCCAUUGAAAGCUUCAUUCAAAGAGGUGACUCUGUAAUCCAAAAUCUGAUUGAAGACUGUGGAAACAGGUUUCAUGUCUUCAAUAAUAGUGGCAUGAACAAUCUCACCCAAGUGUCUGAGCUGCUGGAUAAGAUAGACGUGAUGGUUCAGAGGAAUGGAGGAGGCUGUUACACCAAUGAGAUGUUCCAGGAGGCAGAAUUUACCAUAAGGAAACAGUGCGAAAGAAUACUGAGUGAGAAGGAGGAAGAAAUGCAGAGAGAGAAAGAGAUGCUGGAGGCAAAACAUGAAGCGGAGAUGAAUGAGAUGAGGAGGAGGAUGGAAGAGCAGAGACGCAAAGCAGAAGAAAAAAUAAUGCUUCAGGAAAAAAAGCUGAAAGACAAAGAAGAAUGGAUGGAGCUAGAAGAGUGGAAGAAAAAAGAGAAGGAAAAUAAAGAGAGGAGAGAGAGGGAAGACAUAGAGAGGAAGGCAAGACAAGAAUCAGAGUGGAAGAGCAAAAUAGGUGAGACUGAGGAAACGAAAAGGACGCUGGAAAAGGAGUUGAAAUGUAGGGAAGAGGAAGAGAAGCAGAGGGCGGAAAGCGAGAGGAAACAGAGGGAAGAGCUGAUGGAAAAACAAAAAAGAGAAAAGAGAGAAUUUGAGGCAAGGCAAGCAGAAGAAAAUAAAAAGAGGAAUCGAGAGGAGCAGGAGAGGGAAAAAAAUGAGGUAAGACUUGAGUGGGAACAGAGAAUUAAAGAGGCAGAAAAUGAGAAAAAAGAGAUACAGGAAAACAUGAAGAGAAGGGCUAAGCAAUGGGAGCAGGCAAGGGAAAAGGAACAGAAAAGGAAAGAGAAGGAUGAGCAGGACAGAAGACAGAAAGAAGAGCAAGAGAGAAGAGAGUGUACAUUGAAAGAACGCAAAAUGCGGGAAGAGUUUGAAAAAGUAAUGGAACAAGAAAGACAAAAGGAAGAGAAUGAAAGGAGAUCUAAACAACUAGAAAGGGAGCUUGAAGAAAAGCAAAGGCAGCUGAAAAAACAACAAGAGCAGUUGGACAAGGAAAGAAAAGAGGAGGCAGACAGAAGAUCUAAGGAGGACGCAGAGAGAAAAGAGGAGGAGAGGAAAAGGAUGGAAUUGUUGCAGAAGGAACUUGAGAAGGAACGUGAAGAACUUCAGAAGAGUAAGAUUGAUGAAGAGGCUAAGAGAACAAAAGAAGAGAAAACAUUUAAAGACAUGGAGGAACACUUUCGUAAAAUCAUUCUUGAAAACAAUCAGAAAUAUGAAGAAGCUGCUAGAAAAACAGCAGAGGAAUUGAAUAACUUUAAGGAGGAACAGGGAAGAAAGCUAACUCAACUACAAGAAGAGCUUCAGCGCCAAACUGCACAUGGUCAUGAGAAAAAGAAAGGCAAAAAAUGUUUAAUAAUGUAGUGCUGAAAAAGGCAUGUGUUCAUGUGCUAGGCCAUGGAAUGUACAAUUACUUCUGUGUUGAUCAAGUUCUCCAUGUGGAAUGCUCCAAUGGACAGAAGACUGGCUUAUGAAAACAUGAAUUGGGCCCUUUAUUAGCAGAUGCUUUCCCCACAUUUUUCUUUGAAUUUUUAAUGGUCAAUCAUGCAUGCUCACCCUGCAAGGGUCCUCAUCAGAAGCUCAGAUAUAACCAGAGGCUCUCCUCGAAAGCAGGCGGUGUCAGCUGUAUGCUCUGUAUACUGCAGUUAGCAAGGUGGGCUGUAUGUGUGGCUCUACAGGUGAAAUGGUGAACGCCAGAUCUUCGGGCCCUGUCCAUGUCCCAGAAUAUUCCAGAACAGUUCCUUAACAGGAUGAGCCACCCAGCAGCCCCAGGGGCCUCUAUGUUCAGGAACCGCUUAAAAGCUCUUUCAAAGAAAAAAACAAAAUAAAAAAAAACGUGGAUCAGGAACACAUCAGAUCAGAUGUUCUCAAAGAUAUUUAUUCAUUUAGAGCAACCCCACAUUACUGCCAGUUACAUCAUUACCAGCAGUCACUCCAUUACCUGUAAUGCUUCUUCUGAACAGUCCCAGGACACUGGAUGUAGCUGGGUUUACACAGCUAGAGUAGUGUUCAGGCACUAUACAAGCAGACUGACAUUAUUACAUUUACUACAACAGUGGGCUCAGAGUCAGAUUGUGUGAGAUCGGUGUCAGUUCCAGAAAUGUCCAGUGUGAGGAGGUGCCCCACAGAUAUAAACCCCAAGACCCUGCUUCUAUAGUGUAGCUUCCUGUUUGCCUCGUUUCUUCUUGUGUAAAUUCUAAAUAUAUGCACAAAACAAACAGAACACGUAUAUUGCUUGGUUCGUUGAUAAUGAAUGAAUGAAUGAAUGAUUGGCACGAUUUUAACAUUUUAUUAUUUUAUUAUUAUUUUUUACAUUGAUCAUCCUGAUUUUAUAAUCUUUUUUUACCUGCUUUUUUUUUACUAAAUCGACAAGAUCAAAAUAAGACGGUGUUACCGUUUUGUGUCGCUAUCUGCUUUUUCGGCUUGCUAACGGAGACGCAGUUCCAGACACGUAUGGCCACCUUGUGAUCGCCCUACCAUUACAGCGUGUGCCUCCUCGUCCGGCUGAGAGGGCUGCCUCUGCCUGGAGUGGAGAUUCACGGAGCUGGAGAGGAGAACAUCUGUCCUCCACCAGAUCAAAGAGGAUGAGGAGCUCCUGGACUCCUCUGGAGACCAUGGGACCAUGGCUGGAGAAGAGCUGGACUCAGCCGUCCCAUGUCCUGGAGUUGCUGCAGAGCAGGCUGAAGAUCUUGGAUCCAGCUGAGCGUUAGACCCAACCGCCCAGCUAGCUCCACUCCACCCCAAUGCAGGGCAGUCCGCAGAAGUCUGCCUUCUA